UUCAGAUGUUGCUCUACCAAAGUUAUACAGUAAUGGCGUCACUGUUAAAAAAUAAACAUUGCGUCACUGCUAUUAGCAUUAUGACUGACAUUUGAACCAGCGAUAUCAGCCCUGUGAGGAUUUUGUACUGAGGAUGUUGCAUGUUCGUGAAUGUGCCGGUUUGUCAUACCGCCGCUGCCAUUUCAAUGGCAUUUGAGAACAUGUUUGAAACUUGGAAACAUGAACACACUAGCAAGCUCCAUUCAAACAACUGACUCGAGAUAUAUGCUCAUCCACUGCGCCUGCAGCAGAUGUGAUACCCUCUGUCAUGGCAUUAAAACGCCUGCUCGACAAAGCGAUUCGGUGGCAUUCUCUCUCUACUGUGUCGCCACUAUGCUCAACACUAUGUACAAAGAACGCUACGUCGAUGCAGACAAGAAACGGGGUUUACGUGAAAUGUUACAUACGCAGCUGGACAAGAUGGAAACGGACACAGUGACCGUGCGCACGGAGAAAGAAAGGCCAUGGACAGACAGAGCUGAAACUUCACUGCUUGACAUAUGUCAUGAAAUCCUGGUUGAGAAUUAAACGACUGAACAAAUGAACAACGAAACAGCACAGCUCAGCAAGACCUCGAUGGCCCAAUGGGUUUCUGGGUGCAUUCAACAUCGUGGAGGAGACGGAGAAGCCAGGUGGACAAGACCAGGGUGCAGUUCUGGGUUCGGGUUCAGAAAGGAGGUAAUGGAUCCUUAUCUUGUUGGCCUUCAGGACAGCCUAGACCGGAGGUUCCAACACCGGUAGAUUCUGGGGGCCUUCAGUCUGUUGGGACCUCAGCCUGCUUUCUCUAGUGAGAGGAUAAACACCUUUAACCUGAACCUCUUCCCCAAGCAGUUCUUGCAACUGCCAGAGGCUGCUGUGCUGCAAGAGUGGUUGUCUUACAAACAACAUGUGUUUGUUGGAGCAUUCAAGGGGUUGGACCAGAUGAUGGCAAUGACAAAGCUGGCCUUUCAGUUUGAUGAGUGGAGGCUAUCUACACUUGCCUUAUCCAGCUGGCAGCAAUCGCACUGACUAUACUAGUGUCUUCCAUUGAUUGUGAGAGGGACUUCUCUGCAAUGAAACGAAAAUGGUGGAGUCCAUGAAGAAUGUGGCCGCCAUGGACGUGGAGCUGACGGUGGAAGAGCGGAACCUGCUGUCAGUGGCGUACAAAAACGUGAUCGGAGCCAGAAGAGCAUCCUGGAGGAUAAUCAGCAGCCUCGAACAGAAAGAAGAGAACAAAGGAGGCGAAGACAAACUAAAGAUGAUCAGGGAAUACAGGCAAACGGUGGAGACUGAGCUAAAAUCAAUCUGUAAGGACAUUCUGGAUGUACUGGACAAGCACCUCAUUCCAGCUGCAAACACUGGAGAAUCAAAGGUUUUCUACUACAAAAUGAAGGGAGACUACCACAGGUACCUGGCAGAGUUCGCCACGGGUAACGACAGGAAGGAGGCGGCGGAGAACAGUUUGGUAGCCUACAAAGCCGCGAGCGACAUCGCCAUGAUCGAGCUCCCCCCGACUCACCCCAUCCGCCUGGGACUGGCACUCAACUUCUCCGUAUUUUAUUAUGAAAUUCUCAAUUCCCCUGACCGCGCAUGCAGGUUGGCGAAGGCGGCAUUUGACGAUGCCAUUGCAGAACUGGACACGCUGAGCGAGGAGAGCUACAAGGACUCCACGCUCAUCAUGCAGUUGCUACGCGACAACCUUACAUUAUGGACUUCAGACAUGCAGGGAGACGGUGAAGAACAGAAUAAAGAUGCACUGCAAGAUGUGGAGGAUGAGACCCAGCAGUGAGACUUUACCGCCAAUUCCCUCUCUCUUUCUCCCUCCUAUUACCUCUCCUGUCUGCCCCGCUAGCCCCAGGUCCUACUACGUGUCACAGUGAGAGCUCCCAAACUUGGCUUUUACUCCGACGUCCACUCGCUCAAUUUCUCCCCACCUCUUCUUUCUUUAAUUCUUUCUUUAUGUUCUAUCACUCUGUCAGCUCAUAGCCCCUCUAUGCUUCCUAGGGCUAUCUCUUCUGGUUUUUAUUUUCUUAUGAAAGAAUCCAAUUCACCUAUUUCAGUGGAAAUAAUAUACUUCCACGUUAAAACACAAGAGAAAAUGUAAAAACUAAGGCUUCGAGCUGUUCCUGGUUGUUACCUUUUAUUGAUUUUAGCCUGUAAGGUUCACAUCGUUCCCUUUACUUCCUUUUUUUGUUUUUUUUUUAGUUUACAAUUUUGCCAUGUCAUCAGUUGCCAAGUGUGUUGCUUGGGGUCGUCAACGUUCACACAAUUAACGAGUUGAUUUUUCAAACACAAACGUUUGCUGUAACUCUUUUUCCAUAACUGUGAUGUCUUUGUGCUACUUUACGCUAAUCGUCUAAGCUUUUGGUCGCAAAUUAGGGAUGGUUGUGAAUUGACGGUUUUUAAAAGGGACAUUUUAAUUCCCUCUUUAUUUGUGAUUCUCUCUCUUGUUGCAAGACUCUGUUUUAUCAAUGGUGAUCGCUGAACUUCCCAUGAGUGUCUCUUUGCGAUCACCCCUCAAGUCCAGGGCAUGGACCACGCAUUUGUGUGGUCAAGAGGCUGUAGCGAUGCUUUUUUACUCAUUGCUGACGUAAGGACACGGUGGCUUGUAGCAGUUGGAGGGGGAAAAAAACAAGAAUCUCCCUCUCUCUGAUGUUAGGUAAAGCAGGUUCGCAUUGGCACUGUCAAAAGAAAAACAACCUUUGUUUAAAAAAGAAAAACCUGCUUAUGUCAUCUUGUAUCCCCAUUCUGUUCCCUUUCUCUCUCUCUUUCUUUCUUUCUCUCUGUCUCUCUGUCCUGCCCCCUAUAUUUUCUCUCUUGUUCAGUAUGUGUAACUUGAAUCUGAUUUGUACUACUGGAUAUUCUGACUGGAGCACUGUCUGUAUUCUUACUGAAACACAGCAUGGAAAUGAACAUUAAACUUCAAAUUAAAAAAAGGAACUUAAAUUAAAA